AUGAGAUUCCGCACCGCCUCCGUUACUGGGAGGCCAGACAACGAUCCCAACUUCCCUAAUGCUUUUACCACCCAGUGCGAUGGUGAGAAGCGAGCACCUCCUGUCAGGCCCAGCAUGACGACCCGAUUAUCUUCGCGCUUCGCGGAACUCAACCCGCUGAAACUCCUCCCCGUUGGAGAGAAAGGCAGCUACGAGCGGUUACCGGGCUACGACAGCGCCAAUGGCUCGCCCUUUGGCACUCCCAUACUCAAGAAGUACAGAUGGCGGUCGCCGAGUCCAGGAUCGGAUCGCUUUACGUUCCCGCGGUUAUCGCUGUCGCGCAUCAUCAUCCUUACGAUAACAGCGAUCCUGGCCACAGGACUAUUAGUGACGGGCGGCUACCGAAGACAUGUGGCACACGAGGCAAACAACAAGCCUGCGGAGAGAGAGCUUUUCUUCUGGGAGCAUUUUCCUCGGAUCAAUGGCUUCUUCAACGGCGUUCGUUUACUAGUGCCGUACAGCGAGUACGUGCCAGAGCAGAAGUCCAUCAAUGAGUUCCUCGAAAAGAAGAUGGGCAAGAAGAUGCCAAAAGUCGCCACUCAGCCCACCCUCGACCCCGUACCCUUCAAUCCGUAUCCCGACUUCGACUCGUACGAUUACCUACGGGAGCAUCAUCCGGUGAAGAAGUGCUUCCUUGACGAGGCCGAGACUCUCGCCGUGCCGGACAUCUACGUCUAUCCAGGACUGCCGCAGAACAUGACAGACCCGUUUUUCGGCUCAUACGGGCAGCUGGGGAUCAGCGACAGCGUCUGCUACGACAGGUUUGGCAGACUUGGGCCCUAUGGCUACGGUUCCGACAUCACUCAGGGGGGCUUGGGAAUAGGAGACAACACGGAGAAGGAAGGCUCCGACAAGAUCUGGAGUAUGGCAAGGAAGAUCGACUACCGCAAGGUGGACUGGGGGAAGGUGCAGCGCACAUGCUACGAAAAGAACCAGAAGCGCUUCUCCCAGAGUGGUGGCAAGAAGGCUGUCAAGCGCUCAGCAUACGUUUUGCGGACUUACCAAGGCUUCGAGUAUACGCCGCAUCAAAUGGCGACAAUCCGAGCGAUGAUCAACGAGCUAAGCCUUAAAUCCGGAGGCGAGUACGAUGUUCAUCUCCUGGUUCAAAUCAGAGAUAACGGUAUUCCAAUCUGGGCCUCCGAUGAUCUCUAUAACAAAACCUUGCGAGACAAUGUUCCUGAGGAGUUUUGGGCCAUGGCCACUUUGUGGUCGGAGCAGCAGAUGAGGAUGUAUUACCCAGAGCCCUUUCCUGACAACGUGAUCAAUCAUUCUGGCCAUCCAAUCCACUCAGUCUACCGUACCGGCCAUUUCGCCCUCCAGUGGUUCGCGCAAGAGCACCCAGAGUACGACUUUUACUGGAACUGGGAAAUGGAUAUCAGGUAUACAGGCCAUUACUAUGAGUUUCACAACCGGAUUGGAGAGUGGGCGAAACAGCAGCCGCGAAAGGGCAUCUGGGAACGUAGCUCUCGCUUCUACAUGCCGGAUCUCCAUGGCACGUGGGACAACUUCACUGAGAUGGUCGAGGAGCAGACUGUCAUGAACGGCGAGAAGCCUGUGUGGGGUCCGCCGGAGUUUGAGAACAGCGGCACGAUUGCGAGCCCAUUAUCCUCCAAGCCACCAACCACAUACAUCAAAGACAACUACAGCUGGGGUGUUGGCGAAGACGCUGACUUUAUCGUCUUCAAUCCCAUCUUCGAUCCGAGCAAGACGAACUGGGUCUUCCGAGAAGACAUCAGUGGCUAUGACCGACAGUACCCUGUACCUCCGCGCCGUGCAGCCAUCAUAACCGUUGCUCGGCUGAGCAAGAAGCUCCUCGAUCUGAUGCACGAAGAAACCUAUAGACUCAAACAUACCGCAUUCCCCGAGAUGUGGCCGCCAACCUGCGCGUACCACCACGGCCUCAAAGCCGCCUACGCCCCGCACCCUGUCUACUUUGACCGCAACUGGCCGCUCGAGUAUAUGGACCAGAUCUUCAACCAUCCGAAGAAAGACUAUGAAAGCGUGUUCGGCUGGGGCGAGCACAACUUCAUGGGCAGCUCCUACUACUACAACUCUGGCUUUUCGGGCGCGCUUUGGAGGAGAUGGCUCGGUGAAUCCGAGAACAAAGAAGGCGGCAGAGCGGAAGAAAUAGCAGGCUCAGGCAGGAUGUGUCUGAGAAGUACACUGCUACACCCCAUCAAGUUCGAGAACGGGCCAACGGAGUGA